AUGCAAUUCCAAGUGUCUUUCGCCCUCAUCGCUAUGAUCGUGUGCUUCGCCGCCGCAGCCGAAGAAGCCAAAUCCGCAUCUGACAAGUCCGCAGCCACCAAGUCUGCCACUGACAGAAGCAAACGUGGCCUGUACGCUCCACUCAUCACCUCCCCGUAUGCUCCAGCGUACGCAGCACCAUACGCAGCUCCAUACACCGCCCCUUACGCUGCCCCGUACGCCGCCCCUUACGCCGCCUCUUAUGUCGCCCCUUACGCAGCACCGUACGCCGCCCCAUACGUAGCAUCCCCUUACGCAGUCGCCGCCCCAUACACUUCUUCAUACGUAUCUUCUUACGGAGCUUACCCAUACGGUUAUGCAGCUUCACCAUACGGUUUCUACUAA